AGUCAGGUAGAUUGAGGCAUACCCCAGGAAUCGGGUGAUCUCAGCCAGGACUCGGGAGCAAUGUCGCAACAACUGCUCUACCGUGCUCUGGUGUCUGCCAAAUGGCUUUCAGAAGCCAUCAAGUCCCAGCAAGCUGGACUGGCCUUGAGAAUCGUGGAUGCAUCCUGGUAUUUGCCGAAGAUGAAGCGUGACCCGAAGCGGGAAUUUGAGGAGCGCCAUAUCCCUGGUGCGGUUUUCUUUGACAUCGACCAGUGCAGCGACCGUACUUCCCCUUACGAUCACAUGCUGCCCAAGGCUUCUGACUUUGCUGAGUAUGUGGGGAAGCUGGGAGUGGGGAAUGACUCCCAUGUUGUGGUGUAUGAUGGCAGCGACCAAGGUCUCUUCUCGGCGCCACGGGUGUGGUGGAUGUUCCGGGCUUUUGGACAUGAAGCCGUCUCCCUUCUGGAUGGCGGCCUGAAGAACUGGCAGCGAGAGGGGAAUGUGCUGACCUCUGAGAAAAGCCAAGUAGCUCCCUCUGAGUUCCACGCCUCCUUGGACAAGUCCAUGGUGAAAACGUACGAGGACGUCUUAGAUAACUUGGAUUCCCAUCGCUUCCAGCUAGUGGAUGCACGCGCUGCAGGACGGUUCCGGGGAGUAGAGCCAGAGCCCCGAGAUGGAAUUGAGCCUGGUCAUGUCCCUGGGUCAACAAACAUCCCCUUCACCGAUUUCCUCACAGAGUCUGGCUUAGAGAAGACCCCUGAGCAGAUCCGCAGUCUGUUCCAGGAGAAGAAGGUGGACCUCUCAAAGCCGCUAGUAGCCACAUGUGGCUCUGGGGUCACUGCCUGCCACGUGGCUCUGGGGGCAUACCUCUGUGGCAAGCCAGAUGUUGCGGUGUACGAUGGGGCCUGGGUGGAGUGGUACAUGAGGGCGCAGCCUGAGAAUAUUAUUUCUGAGGGAAAGGGGAAGACAGCGUAAAUAAGUUGCUUCGUCUCCCACCAGUGCAGAUAAUUCGCCUUGAAACAGGAUUUGGAAAAGAUGG